AUGGCUACCAGCCCUCAGCCCGGUGGUGACCAAGCUGCUACGUCCGAGGCACCUACUUCUACCGAGGCUGCUGCAGCUGUUCCGGCUUCUCUUACUCCUGCACCGAGGUCCGAUAACCUGGAUGACAAUGCCCGUUUUACUUCGAGGCUCGGUGAAAUCGAGGCCACUAUUUUCCAACUUCGAAGUGAACUUGAUUCGGUCAAGGCCGAUGCUGUGAAGAUGGCAGAGAGGCAUCGGCUGCUCGAAUCCGGGAAUGCUAAAGACAAGGAGAAGUUAAGAGUGGUCGAACGGAAAAUGAAGGCUCGAGCCCGGAUUAGUGACGAGCUUAAGAGAAAAUUCGAGGAGGUAGCCGAGGCCAAUGACGUGAUUCGGGUCGAGCUUGAGUCAGCUAACCAAAUUCAAAGAGUUCUUCUCGUAGAGAGAUCCGAACUAGCGGCUAAAUUGGAAAAAGCCGAGGCCGACUUAGAAGAGUCUCUUAAGUACAUGGAAUCUGCUGAGGCUCGUACUACGAUUUUGGUCGAGUAUGAACGGUGGAAAUCUCGAAGGGCUACACUUAAACAGGCCCAAAAAAGACUAGGAGACCUCCAGGCUCGGAUACUCGAAGCCAAAGCAAUCGAGGAGGAGGCUAAGAAAGCUCUUAAUGCUGAGUCUGAGAAUUCCGAGCGAACAGUUUCCGAGAACUCCGGCUCCAACCGUCCGGGUAGAUCAGGGCCUGCACGAGCCUUUAUUUUUUUUUGCUUUUUGACUUGUGGAAAGUCCAAAUGUAAAAACCUUUUAUAUAUGAAAUGA